AUGGCUUGGCUCCAAUCGACCCCAGGCUCCAGCGGCCGCGCAGCUACGCCCACCGUAUUCGAACAACAACGCGAGGAACUCGUGCGGGAAAUUGCGGUGGGCAUGGAACAGGUCCUCCAAAACAUUAAUCGACUGAACCGAAACCUGGAGAGUAUUAUCACGGUCGGAAACGAGUUUGGGUCUGUGGAGGCUCUCUGGUCGCAGUUUGAGAAUUUUAUGGGAAGACCGGAGGAAGAGGUUGAGGAGGCUUUUCAAGGGAAGAGGCAUGUUAGCGGGGAGAGCGAGAAGCAUGUCAAGUCGGAGACACCGCAUAAGGACGAUGAGUCGAUGGCUCAGUGA